CAAAGACUACCUUGAUUAUUUAACUCUAUGGUUUACCGAAUGUAUUGGAUUUCCUUUCUUCUCACAAGUAGAAACAAUAAAACAAGAUUGAAGUAAAUUGCUGGUGUUUCUUAUUUCUGUGAAAAUUCAAGUGCCUCAUAAUGGCAGACAACGAACAGAAAGCAAUGCAGUUGAUGGCAGAGGCAGAAAAAAAACUAUCCUCGAAAGGUUUCUUUGGUUCCCUUUUUGGAGGGUCUUCAAAAGUGGAAGAAGCGGUAGAAUGUUAUCAACGAGCAGCUAAUAUGUUUAAAAUGGCAAAGAAAUGGGGAUCUGCAGGAAAUGCAUUUUGCGAUGCUGCAAAUUUGCACGCUAAAUCGGGAAGUCGACAUGACGCAGCUACAAAUUUCGUUGACGCUGCUAAUUGCUACAAAAAAUCUGAUCCAAAUGAGGCAGUGAAUUGUCUUUUAAAGGCCAUUGAGAUUUAUUUAGAAAUGGGACGUUUUACGAUGGCUGCAAAGCACCAUCAAAGUAUAGCUGAAAUGUACGAAAGUGAAGCAGUGGAUUUAGAACGGGCUGUGCAUCAUUAUGAGCAAGCAGCUGAUUAUUUCCGUGGAGAAGAAAGUAAUUCUUCAGCAAACAAGUGUCUUCUAAAAGUCGCUCAAUAUGCCGCCCAACUUGAAAACUAUGAGAAGGCUAUCCAAAUUUAUGAACAGGUUGCAUCAUCGUCUUUGGAAAGUUCGUUACUGAAAUAUAGCGCGAAAGAAUAUUUCUUUAGAGCUGCUUUAUGUCAUCUCUGUGUUGACGUUCUCAAUGCUCAACACGCUAUAGAACGUUAUGAACAACAAUAUCCCGCGUUCCAAGAUUCCAGGGAGUAUAAACUUAUCAAAACGCUUAUAGAACACUUAGAAGAACAAAAUGUGGACGGUUUCACAGAAGCUGUAAAAGAAUAUGACUCGAUCUCUCGUUUGGAUCAAUGGUAUACAACCGUUUUGUUACGUGUGAAGAAACAAGUCAACGACAACCCCGAUUUACGCUGAUUAUUUUCAUUUUCUUUGAGGUACAUUCCAGUAUCACUUUUCUUCCUCUGAUCCCAUGUGUACUCUUAAAACUCCAUUUCGCUUGUAACAAACAUAAAAUGUUAACUUCAACACACACACAAUUCUCCUCAUUUGGUCUUAGUCUGUGCAUUGAGAUCAGUCAUUCAUUCUAGAAGAAAAAGAAGAAGAAGAAGAAGAAGAAUCAGUCGCAUAAUAUUUCUAUGAUCAUUGACAAUUCGUUCAACUAGUAAUCGCAUAUACAUCAUAGUUCAUAAAUAAUCAGUGGUAAAUAAAAUAUAGUUAAACGUCAAGUACUAUAAUAUCAUUAAUAAUGCCCAAGGUUAAUUUAGAAGCGUGUAAUUAGCUAGGAUAUAAAGUAGUCCUUUACAUAUUUAUUGCUAUUGUUAAAACUUUACGGUGUGUGUAAUCAAACCAAUUUUCAAUUCGGCUUCUAAAAUAUUAUGUCAACAUAAAAAUAAUUUAUUGUAAGUCAUGUUAUUGAUAUUUUUCGUACAAGUAAUUAAGUAAAUAAUGCACGUUGAUAAUUCACAAUUUCUAGAAUCGUAAUAAACACUCAUAUGAGUUAUCAUAGAUCAGUCGAGUGAUUGAAAGUGAUUUCAAAUCAUUUUUAUUCAAAAAAUUAUUAGUAUCUAUUUAUAAUUGCUAUCAACUGUUAAAUUAGGAAUUUGGUUAAAUUAUUGUAAUUAUGUUAUGUUUGUGUGAUAUUUUGCGUUUACAUAUUUUAUGUAAUUUACGUAUUUUAAACAGUUGUUACUCAUGUUCAAGUUGAUUAAAAGUUUAAAUUAUUAACCAUUACCUCAAUUUUGAAGAAAAUUUUCAUACUUUUGAUUUUAAAAUCAAAGUAUGUAAUUUAUAAUGCUUUCUUUUAAAGAAUUGUACUAGUAACAUUUUUUUUCUGUACAGUAGAGGUAAAUUAAUAUUUAACUAAAUCAUUUAAAAUAUAAACUAAAAUUAUUACUGUAAGAUAAUUUUAAAUUUAAAAAUAAUGGUGUUAAAAAAAAUCUGCAAGAGAUGCACAUGCAGCUGAGACCAAAAUAAAUACAUAAAACAGAGAUAAAAAGAGAUCAGUUGUGCAUUCUGAUAAUGAGAAGUUUAUCUUCUUCAAUUAAUAACAUGAUGAAGAGUGAUUAAAGAGUGUUCUUUAACAUCUUUAUGAAAAUUGAUUAUCUUUACUCUUGUUAUAGUUGAACAUGAGUUUAUUGUUUAUAUAUCUUUGUUGUUAUAAUUUUAAGUGUAUUUAAUUUUUUAUAGUGAAUUAUUUACAUUAUAUCUGCUUUUUAUUUUUAAUUAUUUGGCGAAUAACGAAUAACUUUAAUCGUCAUUAAUUUUGUCACUUUGCGUAAUUUCAUUUUUAUAUUAUUUAUCUUGGAUUUAUAAUAAACGUAAUUUAUUAUAUUAAAUUUUGGUUUUUAAAUAAAGCAGAAUAUAUUUUUA